UAUAUUGUCAUUGUACUAACAAAGUAUUAACAGACUACUUAUAAUUUUAGAAAAAAUACUAGUAUUUGAAGUACAUUCUUCAAACUUUGGUACCUUAUUAUAUAUAUAAAUAAAUGAAGAAUUAGCCAAAACAUAGUCUACAGUUUCUGGUUUACAUCCACUCAGAUAACGUUCAGCUAUGAAACUCAUCAAUUUGAUUGUCUUUCUCAGUUUAUUCACCAUCUUCUCUGCUACAGUUCAAUCAGAUGAAGUGAGCGAAGAAAGCGAGAAGCAGCAAACUGAGGCUCCUACAGGUAUUUGGAAAAUGAUCAAUAUUAUAAAGAAAGCUUUCAGAGGAGCAUGUACAAUGUCACAACUUCUGAGUUGGGUUAUCGCCUGAUAUCAGAUGGUUACAUUGAUAUACCACACCUUUCACAAUAUGCUUACAUCAAAUAAACGCGUUUUCCUUUAAUUCAAAUAAAAUACAAUUUAAUAAUUGCAUUAAAAGUUUAGAUUACUAACUAAAAUUGUACUGAUAUCAUCUGCCAUGUGAUUUUUUCAACAUUUUAUAUAUGAUAAUAUUAUUCUCUAUAUAAAAUCGCAUAUAUUUAAAUGUAUAGUAUGGAAUUCCCAAUGUGUUUUUGAUGAUGAAUCUAUAUAUAUACUUCGUUGGAAAGGUUCUGUACAGUGAGAUGCUAGUUGACAUUAUAU